CUUUCAUUCACGUCAUUAAACGUUAGGCGGCGCUGCUGUUUUAUAAGUGGUACGCGGGACGCUUGAAUCCCGAAAGCGCUUGUAACUAAUAAAAACAACAUGGAUUCCGACGCUGUGGAUCUGGUAGAUUGGCCGGUAUCGCGCUUAAAAAAGGAGUUGGUCGAUCGCGGAGCUCGGACAACUGGGCGAAAGACUCAGCUUAUUGACAGAUUAAGAGCCUACAUCAGAAAUGACAACUUCACGCCAGCGUCCAUCAAACUACCUGAGCCUUCUGUGGUGGACUGGCCCACAUCAGGAUUUAAGCAGCUUCAAAAGGACCACCAUCUUAUCCUUCCUAAAAUAUCCAAGGAGCAGAUAGAGGCCUACUUCAUUUACAGAAUGGCUGAUGACAGACAAGCACGGAAUGAUUUAAAGUCUAUAACAAAAGGACAACUGAUGUAUGAAAGUGACAGAGUACUGGCAUGCUCCAUACUUAUUCAUGAUAACAUAUACCUAAGUGGCAUUGUAGGAGCAGCAAUGAAGAAAAAGGUAUCCUACAUAUACAAGAUAAAACUAGACAAAAAGUCUGGAGAUCCUGUAAACACACACUGUGAGUGUCCAGCAGGGAAGGGGCCUCAUGGAAGCUGCAAACACAUUGCUGCAGUCCUCCUGAUGAUGAAAGAGUUUACAGAAUCAAGAGAACUCAGACUAGGGAAGUCGUGCACUGAUACUUUAAUGAUGUUUACAAAACCAAAAUCCUCCUAUGAUGGAUCUCCAGUCAAAGCUGAAAACCUUCCAACAAAGAGAAAGUUAGCUGCAGACUUCCUCAGUGACCCAAGGCCAGAGAAAAGAAGAAACUGUCCGGGAUACAACGACUAUGUACAAUCUAUAGUUACCAAUUACUGCAGCCAGUCCUCCAAUGAUAUCUCAUUCCGAUACAUGUAUGGGAAGGCAAAUAUUCAGGCUGCUGUCAAAGAUCACGACUAUUGCCAAUUGCCCUUUACUGAGCACUGGGUUGAUGAUUCCAUUAAGGUUACAGAAUCUGAUGUAGUCAGGAUUGAAGAGUCCACAAGACAACAGAGUGCAAGCCAGAUUUGGUUCAUCGAGAGGAAGUGGCGCCUUACGGCAUCAAAGUUUGGGGAAAUUUGCAAGGCCACUUCUCGUCGAAAUACCAAGAAGCUGUGUGCUGCAUUAUUGUCUGAUGUACAAAUCAACAGUGAAGCUUUGCGGCAUGGAAAAAAUUAUGAGGCAAAAGCUUUGAAAGUAUUCAACAGCAAAUUUAAUGUAAAUGCUAAGAAAUGUGGGUUUUUUGUUUGUUUAGACAAGCCUUUUUUAGGUGCUUCUCCUGAUGCUGUUGUUGAUGGAAGUAGUAUUGUUGAAAUUAAAUGUCCAUUUAAUGGCAGAAAUGAUGUUGUGAAACCAGGGAAAAAUUUCAAAUUUUUGAAAUAUGAUGAUGAGGGUAAAAUUGUUUUGAAGACUUCAAGCAAAUAUUAUGACCAGAUACAAGGCCAGCUUUAUGUUACUAAAAGGUCUCUGUGCUACUUUGUUGUAUAUACCUUAAGCGAUUUGUUUGUACAGAAAAUCUUGUUUGACGAUGAAUACUGUAACAAUUGUCUCCUUCCUAAGCUAGAAACUUUUUACAAAACGUUUUUCAGAAGCUAUGUUGCAUCACUGUUUUAA